GACCCAUGGCAUAGCAUGAUGAGCUUCGGGAAAAAGUCGGACGACGCAUGGGACCACAGUACCAUGCAUUUCGGGAAAAGAGAUGAUGAAAUUUCGCACAGCAUGAUGAGCUUCGGGAAAAAAUCAGACGGAUAUUGGGAUCACAAUACAAUGCACUUUGGUAAGAGAAGUUCAGAUCCUUGGCACAGCAUGAUGAGUUUCGGUAAAAAGUCAGAAAAUUCAACUCAUAAUGUGGAUAGAGAAAAAAAGGAGAAUGACCCAUGGCAUAGUAUGAUGAGUUUCGGAAAACGAUCUGAAAAUCCUUGGGAAGAUCAUAGUACUUUGCACUUUGGUAAAAAAGAUGAUCCUUGGCACAGUAUGAUGAGCUUCGGAAAACGAUCAGAAAACCCGUGGGAUGAUCAUAGUACUUUACACUUUGGUAAGAAAGAUGAUCCUUGGCACAGUAUGAUGAGUUUCGGAAAACGAUCGGAAAAUCCUUGGGAUGAUCAUAGUACCAUGCAUUUUGGUAAGAAAGAUGAACCUUGGCACAGUAUGAUGAGUUUCGGAAAACGAUCGGAAAAUCCUUGGGAUGAUCAUAGUACCAUGCACUUUGGUAAGAAAGAUGAUGAACCUUGGCACAGUAUGAUGAGUUUUGGGAAACGAUCAGAAAACCCGUGGGAUGAUCACAGUACUAUGCACUUUGGAAAGAGAGAUGACCCCUGGCACAGUAUGAUGAGUUUCGGGAAAAAGUCAGAAAAUCCUUGGGAUGAUCAUAGUACCAUGCAUUUUGGUAAGAAAGAUGAACCUUGGCACAGUAUGAUGAGUUUCGGAAAACGAUCUGAAAACCCGUGGGAUGAUCACAGUACUAUGCACUUUGGUAAGAAAGAUGACCCCUGGCACAGUAUGAUGAGUUUUGGGAAAAGAUCAGAAAAUCCAUGGGAUGACCAUAGUACUCUGCACUUUGGUAAGAAAGACGACCCUUGGCACAGUAUGAUGAGUUUCGGUAAAAAGUCAGAAAACCCUUGGGAUGAUCAUAGUACUUUGCAUUUUGGCAAAAAAGAUGACCCUUGGCACAGUAUGAUGAGUUUUGGAAGAAGAAGCAGCCCUUUCGAAUCUGCAAUGAAAUUUAAUAAAAACUCUGGGAAAUCUUAUGAUCACACUACAAUGCAGUUCGGAGGAAAAGAGGAUCAGUUGCAUAAUAAGAUGAAUUUUGAAACACCAGAUAACAAUUUGGAAGAUCGAAACUCACAAUUUGAAGAUGCAUCAAGCGUCAAUUCCAGCAUACUUUAUUUAAAACAGCCAAUUCCUGUUUUAAAAGCGACGCAUCUUAAUAAAAUAUCUGUAAAUCCUCUUCUGAAUAAGUACCAAAAAAGAUCGGAUUCCUUUGAUUCUCGUGACAUGUUGCAUUUGGAAAAAAAACCUGAUCCAUGGGAAACUCAUAAUACAAUGCACUUUGGCAAGAAAUCUGAUAUAUGGGAUGCUCACAACACAAUGCACUUUGGGAAAAAAUCUGAUCCAUGGGAAGCUCACAACACAAUGCACUUUGGAAAGAAAUCUGAUCCUUGGGAUACUCACAACACAAUGCAUUUUGGAAAAAAAUCUGAUCCAUGGGAUGCUCACAAUACACUGCAUUUUGGGAAAAAAUCUGAUCCAUGGGAUGCUCACAAUACAAUGCACUUUGGAAAAAAAUCUGAUCCAUGGGAUGAUCACAAUACAAUGCAUUUUGGGAAAAAAUCCGAUCCAUGGGAUGCUCACAAUACAAUGCACUUUGGAAAAAAAUCUGAUCCAUGGGAUGCUCAUAAUACAAUGCAUUUUGGUAAAAGAGGAGAUCCUUGGGACAGUCAUAGUACACUGCAUUUCGGGAAAAAAUUUGAUCCUUGGGAAGCUCAUAACACACUGCAUUUUGGGAAAAAAUCCUACCCGUUCGAAGCUCAUGGCACAAUGCAUUUUGGCAAAAGGCUGGACCCGUGGGAGACGCAUUCAACGCUUCAUUUUGGCAAAAGAUUUGGCCCUCAGUAUCACGAUGUCAUGCAUUUUGGAAAACGAAAUCAAGAAAAAACGAAAACUACGGAUUAUUUUGGUACGUUACUUCCAGGAGCCAAUAAUAACCGUAACGUUUUAGAGCAAACGGAAAAAAGUUUUGAAAAAAGUAAAGUGAAAAAUGCUUUGAGGUUGCUGAUGGAACUGCAGGGGCAUGCUUCAAGUUUAAAGCAAAAUGGAGUAUCACGUGAUAAGUAUUUAGUGUUCGAAGACAUUUUAAAGACUGUUUUGAUGAAGUUGAAAAACAUAUCCGGAAAUGACGUUUCUUUUCCGGAAACCGAUAUCGAAUCCAAAAUUCUGUACCAGUACCUUAAGUCUCUUUCUGAAGCAAAAUCUGACGAAGAGAUAGACUAUUUGUUGACGAACAACCGGAAUGAUUUCGCAGAUGCAAGAGAGUCUGAUGCUUUGAAAAAAUUCCACUUUUCUAGUGAUCCUGAUGCAGAAAUAGAUGCCUUGAGUCGAGUUCUCAAGACAAUAUACAGAAUACUAAUGGAAACGGGGGAUAGUUCCAAUGUCCCGUUCGAUUUCCAAGGAGAUUCACAAAUUGACGCGAAACGAGCUUCGCCUGUGAUCGAUGGCAACCCUUCCCAGCUUUACUUCAAACACCUGCUCGGAAGAAAUCCAGAAGUAAAACGAUACUGGGCGCCAUUUCAGGGCCCAAAGUCCAUGGUGUACCCCCAUGCUUGGUUAGUCUCUCAAAUUAGAAGGUCUUCUGUCCUCCCCAGAGUGGAUGACAUAGGCAAGACUUUCGAAACAAGAAUGGCGGAAAAGAAGGAGGAUCCAGUUAACUCAUUCAUGCAUUUCGGUCGACGCUAGAAGAAAAAAUUCAGAUCGAUAUAUAAAUAUGUAAUUCAAAUUUUAUUCGUGUUAAUCAGGUUGAAAAACAAAUCCAUAUAUUAUUGUCCAAAAGAGAAGAAUGGUGAAAAAAAAUGAUAUAUUUCGAGUAUGUACCACCAAUAUUCUGAGAUAGUGUAUAUGUAACAGAUGACAUAUCAAUAAAUAA